GUUUAAGCGUUAUAAGUAAUUGCGAUUUAUUGUCAACAUAGUUUUUUUUGGUAUCUCAAACGGCGCCACACGCCCAUAGAUAGUGUCAAUUGUAUCAUCGCUCUCGCUCUCUCUAUCAAAAAUGGCUGCACGCGUAAGUCCAUAACUCUGUGUUAAAAAUAAUAAAAUUAGUUUUAGUGCACAAAUAUUGUGCUUCAAAAAUGUGAAAGUCGAAAUAAAAGACUAUUGUGUUAAAUCCAACGUUUUAUUGAAGAGUUAUCCACCAGUGAACCAGCUUAUCCAAUUAUCCAAAUUGUGCCGGCCACAUGGUCGGACAUUGGUCCAAUCGAACCGAAUAAGAACGAAAUUACAAGAUUAUCACCAUGGAAUAUAUAAAAUUACAGCAAAAUAUAGAAGAGAUAAUUGACAAGGCCGCUUCUAACCUCAAAAAAUCACCGAAAUCGCGUAUGACCAACACGUACUUACAAGCAAGGUUAGAUCUUCUCGAAGGAAAUUGGAAAUCUUUCGAGAGCAACCAUCAAACGAUUUUGUUAGAAUCUAAGGAUCCAAGCAAUACGUACUUCACAAAUGAAACCUAUGACAGAGUCGAAGAAAAAUAUAUUGAUUAUAAGUGUCAGUUAAAGAGGCCUUGGAAAAAAUCAAAUCAACAAUGUCAACAUCCUCAACUCACACACAUAAUAAUCUACAGAGUGAAUCAAAUCCAUCAAGUGCAGUGAAGCUACCUAGAAUUAUAAUCCCCGUAUUUUCUGGCAAGUAUGCGGAGUGGCCUACUUUUCACGACCUAUUCGAAUCUGUGAUCAAUAACAACCAGACUUUAGCACCUGUACAAAAGCUCCACUACUUAAAGGGUCAUCUGACGGGUGAAGCAGAGCAGUUAAUACGACACACACCUAUAACGGAUGCAAAUUAUGAACAAUGUUGGACAUUAUUGAAGAAACGUUACAGCAACACUCGCUACAUCUCAUCGUGCAUACUUAACCGCUUAAUAAGCCAAAAGACUUUAACCGCAGCAUCUUCUUAUGGUGUCAAACAAAUAUUAGACACAACAAAUGAAUGUUUAAGUGCUCUGACCAACAUGAAUAUUGAUGUUUCAACAUGGGAUCUUAUCAUCAUCCACCUGAUCAUACAGAAGCUUGACCAGGAAUCCCGGAAAGAAUGGGAACACAAGAUAAGUGAUUACUCAGAUAAAAUACCAACGUUUAGUGAAUUUUCAACAUUCCUAGAAUCCAGAUUCAGAGCAUUGGAGUUCUUAGAGCCAAGUACUAAGAAAGAAACAAGAUUAAAAGAAACAGAGCGACCUAAAGUGUUCAGCAUUACCUCAUCAGCAUCAUCAGUAUCCUGCCCAUUUUGUGUAGAGGCUCACUUGUUGUACCAAUGUAAGCGGUUUAGCCAGGACUCUGUACAACAACGGAGGGACUUUGUCAAAAGUAAGGCGUUGUGCUUCAAUUGCUUUGGAGCAAAGCAUUCUGCAACACACUGCAAGCGAGACACAACAUGUAGGCGCUGCGGCCGCCGUCACCACUCCCUAUUGCAUCUGGACAGCGAGCAACCACCUUCAGCGCAACCAAGCCGAGCCGUUGAAGGGGUGAAGAUCCACAACCAACAGCCGAGUACCCAUGAGAAGUCGGAGCAGAAGGAACCUGGGCCUGGUAACAUUGUGGCUCACGCUGCUGAAAGUUCAGGUUCAUCGAAUAGUGAGAUAAUAUUAACAACGGCAUUAGUUAAGGUAGAAAAUAAAGGAAACUGUCAUAUACUUAGGGCAUUUCUUGACCAGGGUGCACAAUUAUCAUUCGUGACCGAGCGUGCUGUACAAUUGCUUCAGUUACACAAGAUACCUGUUAAUGUUAGUGUUGAUCCCUCAGGGCUGGGCGGAGAAAAAAUCCCCUUGUCAGUCCCAAUUAAACACAAAGUUCAAUUCAAAAUACAAUCCAUUUGUAGCUCUUUUAGUUGCGUUGUUCAAGCAUAUGUGGUAAGUCAGGUAACUAAUCCCAUUCCUUCACAGAAAGUUGAGAUUCAUGAUUGGCAGGAGUUGAAGAAAUUAAAGAUGGCAGAUCCAGGAUAUGACACUCCAGGCCAUGUGGACAUGUUGCUGGGUGCUGAGGUGUAUGGACUGACCCUGACAGAGGGUAUUGUACGUAAUCCGACGUCCACGCUGACAGCACAGAACACCGCUUUGGGCUGGAUCCUGUCAGGAAGAACACAAGUCACUCGUGGGACGAGGAAGUGACUUCCAACUUGCUGACAGAGUGGAAUGAGUUCCGUGAGCAGCUCCCGGUUCUCAACGACUUCAUCAUGCCAAGAUGGGUUGGCGUCAGGCAAGACGCGAGUGAUAUCCAGCUGCAUGGGUACUGCGACGCCUCCAACGACGCUUACGCAGCAGUCGUAUAUCUGAGGGUAGUGGAUCAUGAAGGUAAUGUUACUGUCCAUUUAGUCGCAGCCAGAACGAAGGUCUGUCCAAUCCGCCAAAUUUCCACACCCCGACUUGAACUUUCCGGAGCAGUACUCUUAUCCAAACUGCUGGCAGAAGUAUCCACUGUCUUAUCCAUGCCAGUCAGUCAUUGCAGGGCUUGGACAGACUCAACCAUAGUCCUCGCAUGGCUUCAAGGUGAGCCGAACCGUUGGACAACGUUUGUUGCCAAUCGCGUCACUGAGAUCCUAUCCAUACUAAACCAUGAUCAGUGGGCGCAUGUAGAAUCCACCAGCAACCCGGCAGACUGUGCAAGUCGAGGAAUGUCACCAUCUGAUUUCAUCCAAUUCGAGUUGUGGGUCCAUGGCCCAGCUUGGCUACAUGACCCUAACUACCAGCAUCCAACAUCCGAGCCCGUAUCCACUGAGCUAGAAGCAAAGCCCAUGAAAGUCCAGGUAUGUACAGUUUUAUCCCCUGCUCAGCCAUCCGAAGAGUUGAGUGCUUGGACUAAAUACUCAUCUUUAACAAAGACAGUAAGAGUAGUAGCUUACUGUCUCAGAUUUUGUAAAAAACUGAAAGGAGAAUCGUUUCCAUCCUAUCUGACCGCAAGAGAGCUUGAUAAUGCCUUGAAGGUAGGUAUUAAAGCAAGUCAAUUGUCAGCCUUUCCCCGGGAAUUAACUAACCUGAAUAACUCUAAUCCAAUUCCCCGGAGAAGCAUUAUCUUAUCAUUGUGUCCCUUCUUGGACGAGGAUGGCAUUAUGAGAACGCGAGGUAGGAUUGAGCAUAGCGAUCAUUCUUAUAAUGUAAAGCAUCCUAUCAUAAUGCCUCAUGACCAUCACUUGUCAAAGCUGAUUGUGAGUGACGCUCACUCAAGGACUCUCCACGGAGGCCCCCAACUCACCCUAAAUUAUGUAAGAUCCAAGUUUCUAAUUAUUAAUGCCAAAAGCUUGAUUAGACAUAUUUUAAGUAAAUGUGUGAGAUGUAUAAAGUACAAAGUCACCAAAACUCAACCCUUCAUGGCUGAUUUACCCAGUAGCAGGGUGACUGUUGCUCGACCGUUCCACCGCACCGGGUGCGACUAUGCAGGCCCUAUAAAUAUCAGAAUAUCCAAAGGUAGAGGAUGCAAGAGCUAUAAGGGCUAUAUAGCACUGUUUGUAUGUAUGGUAACCCGUUGUAUCCACCUGGAGGCAGUAAGUUCACUUACCACUGAAGGGUUUCUAGCUGCUUAUAGACGGUUCGUGGCACGGCGAGGACCCUGUAAGGAGAUUUGGAGCGACAAUGGGUCCAACUUUGUCGGUGCAUCCAAGGAACUGCGCAUCCUCUUCCAGCAGGGCGAGGCUUCUGUCAUGAAAGAGGUUGCUGAGGCCUUAGCUAAUGAAGGUACUGAAUGGCAUUUUAUUCCACCCCGGGCUCCCAAUUUCGGUGGACUCUGGGAGGCGGGUGUCGCCUCUACUAAAUAUCAUUUGAAACGGGUCCUAGAUGGCACCACUCUCACGUUUGAGGAGUUAUCAACGGUUUUAGCACAGGCUGAGGCUUGUCUAAACAGUAGGCCCAUGUACCAGCUGCCAUCAAAUGAAGUGGACACGAGUCCACUCACCCCGGGACACUUUCUAGUUGGCGAAGCUCUGGUAACCGCGCCAGAUCGCAACUAUGAAGAUUCUCAAAUCAGCCCUUUACAUAGAUGGCAGCUCACCCAGAAGAUUAUGCAGCAGUUCUGGCGAAAGUGGUCUCAGGAGUACCUAACAACGCUCUAUCAGAGGUACAAAUGGACUAAGGUGACCCCAGAGCCACAGGUAGGUGACGUAGUGUUAGUCAAGGAGGAUGAUCUCCCGCCCUCGAUGUGGUUAUAUGGGUUAGUACAAGAAAAGCACCCUGGUCCAGACAAUGUCACUAGAGUCGUUACCUUAAAAUGUAAACAUUCCAAACUUAUGAGACCUGUUUCCAAAUUAAUAGUGUUGCCUGUUGCCAACUAGUAUUAUUUGUCAUGUAGUUAAAGUUAUAGUUUCCUGUAUUCUUAUUUUGCUACCAGUCAGAGCAAGACUAAGAGUAUGUUAUUAAUAUGUGUUAAAUUUAGUUGUAGGUACCCAAAUGGUACUGUAAAAUUCAUAUGGUUGAUACUGUUACUGUAUAACUUUAGGUUCUUACUCGUAAUGAAGUUCCUACAAGGUUGUUACUGAAGUCUCUAUUAAUACUUCUAAAUUCUACUAGUAUGUAAAACUAUACAAGUGUACUUAUUCAAAAUGACUGAUAGGAAAGAGUACUAAUUGUAUAAAUAUUGUAAUAGGUAUACUUAUAAGUUUUAUUUUUUCUAAAUUACAUUUAUGUGGUAUGUAGUAAUUAAAGGGUUUUUAACCUUCAGGUGAUUUCUGGAUACUCACUUUUACGGGUAUGUUAGUAAAUGUUAGUUAACGUGCUAAAGUUAGCAUACAAUGUUACUUGUCUUAGUCAGCCUGUUUUCUCUAUCUCUAUAGAUUGUAACCAAAGUUGUUCAUGAUCUCUGCCUUAUAGACUGGUGAACAGUGUAUUGUAUUGUUUAUGUUUAAAAAAUUUAGAUGGAGUGCAAAGUUAUCUAUUGAUGUCAUGUUAACUCGUUUUCAUGUUAGUUUAGUACGUUAGUAAUGUGCAGUUCCUAAACCUUGUUAUGUAUGUACUGCUGUAUGAUGUCAUGGCGGGCGGUAGGAAGAACAUACUGUUCUUGGCGGGCGGAAUGUUUAAGCGUUAUAAGUAAUUGCGAUUUAUUGUCAACAUAGUUUUUUUUGGUAUCUCAAACGGCGCCA